AUGACACUGCAUUUUCACAGAACACCAAUAGUUCUCAGCGGAACGACGCUAAAAACUUUAGCAUCCCGUUACGGGGAAUACACUAAACAGGUUGAGUACUCAGCAAUAGAUGAGGACACUUAUCAGGAAUGCCGAUCAGCCACAGCACUUUUACAAAGUAGCAUAAGGCAAAUAAAAGAGGCAAGAGGAAACCUUCAAGAAUUAUAUAACAAGGUUAGAGAUGAGUAUAAAAACAGCAAAAACAAGUCCGAAAGGAAGGAUUUGAUGAUUGAAAUUGAACAAAUAGAGGAAAAAUCGCAGCUACAAUCUGCGAUACCUGAAGCAAACGACCUAACGUUCAUGCUAACAGCGCGCCUUGAUGAAACAAAAAAUAUGCGCGAAAAUAUGGAAAUCAAACUGGGAUACAUGCCCCUAAAACCUCAAAGAGACGAUAACGUCAACAAUGAAGAAAUCGAAAGGGGGGAUGGUGAAAUUGAUAACACAAACGAAAAUUGUGUGAGAGACACCACAAUGCCAUCUUGCUCGCAAGACACAUCAAAUUCAGCAUCCAUAUGCAAUAGUGGCACAGCCAAAAGGACGCUGAGGUCAAUAAAACCUCCACAAGCCACACUACCAAAAUUUUACGGGAAUUCUGAAACCCAGAAUACUGGGCCAUUUUUGAAGCCCUUGUCCAUAACAGUGAAGAACUGGACAUUAUGGAAAAGAUACUCCUACUCAAAGAAAGUUUAA